AUGCAGCGAGCAUUCAGAAACGGCAGAGCACUGGCGGCGCUGCUGUUUCUUUUCUGCUACCUGUGUCUUGUCGCUUCGGCGCAGUCUGAAACCAACAGCAACAAGACAUCUGGCCCCACUGUCAGCAGCAAUAACAGCAGCAUCAACAGCGUCAUUUCUUCAGCACAAGAUGCACGCAACAUCGAUUCGCGCCAGACCACAUGCCGUACCGGCACUGUCAACUACAUCACCCACUCGUUGCCCCAGCAGUGUCUGAGUCGUUCCACGCCGACCUCGAACUCGACAACCAGCCUUACCCCUACCAUAACCCCUACCCAGUCCAUUGCGCAUUCGACCUCCCUGUCAAGCAAUGUUAUCCGGGAAGAGCCUCUUUCGACAUCAUCAGAGACCCAACUCUCGUCCGCGACGCAACCUGAAGCCGAAUUUGAGACGGAUUCACCGCUAGACAAUGCCAACUUCCUAUCAUUUGAGGAAUGGAAGAAACAGAACCUGGCCAAGGUUGGUCAGUCGCCUGAUCAUGUCGGCCAGAAGUCCAAUUCUGGACAAGACAAGCCUCGUAAUCCACGCCCCAUUGACAACGCCCUCGAUAUACUUGGAGAGGAUUCGGAAAUCGAGUUGGACUUUGGUGGCUUUGGAAGACCAGACAGUCCUUCGUCAUCAACUGCUAGUGCUCAAUCAGCUGUGGCCUCCGAACCCACCCUUCGGAGUAAAGAUGCUGGCAAGACCUGUAAAGAACGUUCAAACUACGCUUCAUUCGAUUGUGCUGCGACUGUGCUCAAAUCCAACCCCGAGUCUAAAUCCGCCCAUGCUGUUUUGAUUGAGAACAAGGAUAGCUACAUGCUCAAUAUUUGCUCGAGCUCGAACAAGUUCCUCAUUGUCGAGUUGUGCAAUGACAUCCUCAUCGAUACUAUCGUCCUGGCGAAUUAUGAAUUCUUCUCUUCCAUUUUCCGCAAUUUCAGAGUCUCGGUAUCUGAUCGAUACCCUGUCAAAGCGGAUCGCUGGAGAGAGCUCGGUGUUUUCGAGGCCAGGAACUCCCGCUCAGUCCAAGCGUUCUUGGUUGAACAGCCCUUGAUCUGGGCAAGAUAUCUUCGGAUAGAAUUUCUGACUCAUUACGGCAGUGAGUAUUAUUGUCCUGUCAGUCUGCUUAGGGUACAUGGUACCACAAUGAUGGAAGAGUUCCGCCAUCAGGAGGAUCUGGCUCGUGGUGAAAUAAGCGACGACCUAGAGUCUGUCAUGCCUGAUGCAUUGCCAUCUGCUGCUCAGGAAUAUCAGGAAUCUCCNCAGGAACCUCUCCAGUCUUCAAAAGAGGCCGAUAAGUCUGUCGCUGUGGAGUCUGCUCGUCCCAUUGAGACUCCAACCGACGCUCCCACUGUUCUGACCCCCUCUGGCUCAAGUAUGGAAUCUGCAGAUACUUCAGCAGCAUCCACGUCAACGCAUUCUGUGGUACAGGUUUCUAUCACAGAUAGCAGUCACAUAACGACCAGUACUCAUGUUAACACACCAAGCAAUGCUNNAACAUCACGCUAUCACACAACAUGA